AGGUCAGCAUUGUCAUAAAUUUAAGAGGAGGAACACAGAGCAUAGGACACAAUGCACUUUGGGGAUUUGGACUUCUUUGCCAGACUAAGUAUCUUCAAAUGUCACUUGGAAAAGUAAAAUCAACCACCUUAUUAUUUCUAUGCAUCUCUAGAAUGCAUAGAGCAUGAUUCUGAGACAUAUUCUAUAAAAAACAAAAAAAAACACCUGUUGUCUUUGAGCACUGGUUCUCAAACAUCACCAUCCAGGCUUGUGAAAACACAAAUUGCUGAACUUGCUGGGCUCCAGCCCCAGAUUCUGAUUCUAUAGGUCUGGGUUGGGGCCUGGGAAUGUGCAUUUCAGAGUUUCCAGGUGGUGGUGCUGCUGCUGCUGCUCCAGAAACUACAAUUGGAGAUCCACUGCGCUAUCCAAAACUUCUGCUGGCCUUGUCCAAAUCACGAUACUUCAGGGCUUUCUGCAUUACAUCUUGCUGAGGAGCCCUAUCUAUUUAGGGCCUGGUGGCGUUUAAGGAAGAUGAUCUGCUUGGGGUUGGCCCGAAAACAUUCCUUCCCAGGCCAGUCACUGACGUUAAGAAGCAAGAGUGCUAAUAGCUAUGCAACGGCUGAAGGUCAGGCUAACCGACCCGCGGCGGAACCUGCCCUUGCACGUGAUAGGCUGGGCCUCUACACCGCGUCGUUCUUGUACCUCCUCCCCGCCCCGGGCCCGGCGGUCCGAGUGGAACCGCGGGACAGCCCGAGCCUCCCGGCUCCGUGCCACGGCCAGCCAUGGCGCUGCUGGGCGCUCUCGUCUGCUGUCUGCUGGCCGCCUGGCACGGCCGCCCCGGCCUCGGCCUGCCCCUGGCGCCCGCUGGCGGCCGGGGUCCCGCUGCGGCGGUGGGACAAUUUUGGCAUGUGACGGACUUACACUUAGACCCUACUUACCACAUCACAGAUGACCACACAAAAGUGUGUUCUUCAUCCAAAGGUGCAAAUGCCUCCAAUCCUGGUCCCUUUGGAGAUGUUCUGUGUGAUUCUCCAUAUCAACUUAUUUUGUCGGUAUUUGAUUUUAUUAAAAAUUCAGGACAAGAAGCAUCUUUCAUGAUAUGGACAGGGGAUAGCCCACCUCAUGUUCCCGUAGCUGAACUCUCAACAGAAACUGUUAUAAAUGUGAUCACUAAUAUGACAACCACCAUUCAGAGUUUCUUUCCAAAUCUGCAGGUUUUACCUGCACUGGGUAAUCAUGACUAUUGGCCACAGGAUCAGCUGCCUAUAGUCUCCAGUAAAGUGUACAAUGCAGUAGCAAAUCUCUGGAAACCAUGGCUAGAUGAAGAAGCUGUUCGAACUUUAAGGGGAGGUGGCUUUUAUUCCCAGAAAGUUAGAACUAAUCCAAACCUUAGGAUUAUCAGUCUAAACACAAACUUGUACUAUGGCCCAAAUAUCGUGACCCUGAACAAGACUGACCCAGCAAAUCAGUUUGAAUGGCUGGAAAGUACACUGAACAGCUCUCGGCAAAAUAAAGAACAGGUGUACAUCAUAGCACAUGUUCCAGUGGGAUAUUUGCCUUCGUCAAAGAGCACCACAGCAAUGAGAGAAUACUAUAAUGAGAAAUUGAUAAAUAUUUUUAGAAAAUUCAGCGAUGUUAUUGCAGGACAAUUUUAUGGGCACACUCACCGAGAUAGCAUUAUGGUUCUUUCAGACACAAAAGGAAGUCCAAUAACUUCUUUGUUUGUGGCUCCUGCUGUCACACCAGUGAAGAAUAUUUUAGAAAAACAGACCAACAACCCUGGUGUCAGACUAUUUCAGUAUGAUCCUCGUGACUAUAAAUUAUUGGAUAUGUUGCAGUAUUACUUGAACCUGACCGAGGCAAAUCUAAAGGGAGAGUCCAACUGGAAGCUGGAGUAUAUCCUGACCCAGACCUAUGGCAUCAAAGACUUGCAGCCAGAAAGUUUAUAUGGAUUAGCUAAACAAUUUACAAUUCUAGACAGUAAGCAGUUUAUGAAAUACUACAAUUACUACUUUGUGAGUUAUGACAGCAGUGUAAUUUGUGGUAAGAUAUGUAAGGCCUUUCAAAUUUGUGCAGUUAUGAAUCUUGAUCAUAUUUCCUAUGAAAAUUGUCUCAGACAAUAUUAUAUAAAGCACUGUCAUUAGUACUUCACAGUUCAUGUUCAUGGAAAAUGUAACAUUGCUCUGUUUCUAAGAUCAGUUUGUGGGGAAUUUUAUGCAUAUCCUUGUGAAUUACUGAGUUGGCAAGCAGAAUUCUUAUCUUUAUUUUCUUUUUGUGAUGCCUAAAUGUAGAUAUCUUUAGCAUUCUAAAUUUUUAUUAUAUCGCAUAUAUUUAAACUGCCCAUUAAUAAAAUGAUGCUUAGAUGUAAA